CAUACAAUAGACCUGAACCACUCGCUAGUUAUAUCGGCAAGUCAGCAAAGCUCGUCCACUAAUGGCGGUCAAGCUCACGCUCCCAGAGGCAGCACUGUUCUCCCAGGUGGCCAAGCUGGGCUCCCUCCUCGCCCUCCUCCUUCUCGCGCUGCUGUUGCCCGCCUUCCUCAGGGUCGCCUACGGCUACCUCCUCUUCAACGGCAUUGUCCUCGCGCUCGGCAUCCAGGCCUUCGUCGGCAGCACAGCUUCCAUCGCCGACGAGUCCUCGAGUACAAGUCAGGCUGUUGCGCCUGUCGGCGACGCGGCCUCGCCGUUCCAGAGGGCUGGAUCAGUCUGUCCCGACAACCGAAUGGCGGUUGCUGAUAAUGAUCGUGUGGUGGUUCCUGCCUUGGGGAGUAAUAUAAUCGAGCUGAAGAUCAAGACCAAGGAGGUGGUGCUGAAGGUGUUGAAGAAGUGCCCGUCGACGGCGAGCAUCUUCUUCCUCAGCGCGCUGAACGGCAGCCAGGCCGGCGGAGAGGAAAAGGGACGGCAAGAGGAGCAGGAUGAUUUUGAGGUCGACUUGGACGGCAACGUGACGAUGAGUCGGCAGGAGCUUUUCGCCAACACGGAGAGGUUCAUCGGCAACUUCCGCAAGGAGCUCAGGAUGCAGAGACAGUAGCCCCCUGGAAGCUAGCUAGCAUAGAUAUUUUUAUUUAGCUUUUUUUUUUCUCUCUCUUAUUUUUUGUGUCAUGAUAUAUAGGAGUGUGUUUAGUGUGACACGUCCGUGACCACUUUCUAACCUCUGUUCGUACGUUUAGGAUAUUUGCGGUGUGUUUAGGUUUUCAAAAUUGACAUAAUCUGUGCUGUUACUAGUCUUAGAAGAAAGUGAACGCUGGAGGCAAAAGCCAACAUGCGAGGGGCCUAGUUUUCUUUAGACUUUGCUUCUUCUUUUUUUCGCAGGUGAUUUAGACUUUGCUUCUUCAGACUGUAGAAGCACCCCAUAGAUAUUUUUGCUUAGCUUUUCUUCUUAAUAUUUGCGUCAAAGGAGUGUGUUCAGUGGGAUACGUCGUUAGCCCACGUCUA